AAAUCAUGGCGACCGUCAGAGGGUCUUUGUCGUUGUGGAGCCUCCUGACAGGUUCCCGGAGCGCGGACCAGAUCUGUUUCCGGGCCCGAAGUCGGCCCCAGUUCCGCGCCUUGCUCCAGCUACUGCCCGGGCCCUGCGGGGCGGGACUGCCAUGCCGUCGGCUUGCCUCUGAGGCGGAUCUUGUUGGCUUGUCAUUUUUACCAUCUUAUUUACUGAAACCCAUUUUAGCAGAAUCUGGUAGCUCACAGAACAAGAAACCUACGUUUAUGGAUGAGGAGGUCCAAAACAUACUCAUCAAGAUGACAGGCUUGGAUUUGCAGAAGGUUUUUAAGCCAUCUAUACAAGAACUGAAGCCACCAACCUAUAAGCUGAUGACUCAGGCACAGUUGGAGGAGGCUACAAGAAAGGCAAUUGAGGCAGCUAAAGUACGAUUAAAAAUGCCACCAGUUCUGGAAGAACGAGCACCAAUAAAUGAUGUGUUAGCUGAAGAUAAGAUUUUGGAAGGAACAGAAACAGCCAAAUACAUAUUUACUGAUAUAUCAUAUAGCAUACCACAUCGGGAGCGUUUUAUUGUUGUCAGAGAACCAAGUGGGAGGCUACGCAAAGCCUCUUGGGAAGAACGGGACAGGAUGAUACAAGUUUAUUUCCCAAAAGAAGGCCGUAGAGUUUUAACACCAGUAAUUUUCAAGGAAGAAAACCUUAAGACCAUGUUCAGCCAGGACCGGCAUGUUGAUGUCCUCAAUCUCAGCAUUGCCCAGUUUGAGCCAGAUUCCACUGAAUAUAUCAAAAUUCAUCAUCAGACCUAUGAAGACAUAGAUAAACAUGGAAAGUAUGACCUUUUACGUUCAACAAGACACUUCGGCGGAAUGGCUUGGUAUCUUGUAAAUAAGAAAAAGAUUGAUGGUUUACUGAUUGAUCAGAUUCAGAGAGAUUUAGUUGAUGAUGCCACCAACUUGAUCCAGCUGUAUCACCUCCUCCAUCCAGAUGGCCAGUCAGCUCAGGAGGCCAAGGAGCAGGCUGCUGAGGGAGUACAUUUAAUUAAGAUCUUUGCAAAAACAGAAGCACAGAAGGGAGCAUAUAUAGAAUUAACACUACAAGCUUAUCAAGAAACAUUCAUUAGCCAUUCUGCAGCUUCCUGAAAACAUUUUUUAAAUAAACUUCAUUUUACUAAAUUAUAA